GGUCUGCGAAGCCCACCCAUGGCCCCGCCGAAAGAGCCGACACGCGCCCAGCUCUCGUCGCGGCUCACCUACAGCCAGACCACGCCGCGCUUUCUCCAGAAACUGCAGAAUCGAGUUGCGGGCAUCCCAGACGAAGAUGACGAGCAAGACGACGAAUACGAGACAUUAGACAACUCUGGGCGGCCGCCGAUACCCAGGCGACCACCGAUUCCUGAACGGCCCGCUGACGAUCCUGGAAGUGCAGACGAAGACGAUGCAGACGAGAGGCCACAGGUGGUGGUGCUCAAAGAGGGAAAGCAUCUCUCUGAGCGGGAGGCAGAAAACAUAAGGAGAAAAGAGAAAGGGCUGCAACCGUUGCCAGACCCCGAUCCGCCCACUGCGACUUCUUCCAAGACAACAGAAGACGACCACAGACCCAAGAAGGUCAAGCCGCCGCCUCCCAGCCUCUCUUUCUCCACCGCAAAGAACGGGUUCAAAGCUGGCGCCGCCAAACGCAAGGCUAUUCUGAACGGCAGCGCGGGUGACUUACAGCCAGCAAAGAAGAAGGCGAAAAAGGACACCAAGACAUUGCUGUCGUUUGGCGACGAGGCGUAG